UUACAGCUCCCCUAAUAUUGCCAAAAAGUUUCACAUAGGACACCUGCGUUCCACCAUAGUAGGGAAUUUUAUAGCAAAUCUCAAAGUUGCGCUGGGACAUGAAGUAGUGAGAAUAAAUUACCUUGGUGACUGGGGCAUGCAGUUUGGCUUAUUGGGUGUUGGUUUCCAAUCCUUUGGCAACAAAGAAAAACUAAAAUCUAGUCCUUUGCAACACCUUUUUGAGGUGUACGUGCAGAUUAACAAAGCAGCAGAAGAUGAAAACACAAGAAAGCUGGCUAAGGAUUUCUUUAGAAAACUGGAGGAACAUGAUGAGCAGGCCUUGUCAAUUUGGAAGCAAUUUAGAGACCUCAGUAUUGAGGAAUACAUCCGGAUUUAUAAGCGUCUAGGAGUGCACUUUGAUGAAUAUUCUGGAGAGUCAUUUUACCAAGAGAAGGCCCAGGAAGUUCUGAAGAUGUUGGAAGAUAAAGGACUACUUCAGAAAACAAUAAAAGGGACAGGAGUUGUGGAUCUCUCGGAGAAGAAAGACCUGUCAACAGUUUCCACCGUCAUGCGCAGUGAUGGGACAUCUCUUUAUAUAACAAGAGAUCUUGCAGCUGCUAUAGACAGAAUGAGUAAGCACAGCUGGGAUACCAUGAUUUAUGUGACAGAUAAAAGCCAAAGCAAUCACUUUCAACAUUUAUUCCAAAUACUGAAGCUCAUGGGUUAUGACUGGGCAGAAAGGUGCCAGCAUGUGUCUUUUGGUCUAGUUCAAGGUAUGAAGACUCGGAGAGGAGAAGUAAUUUUUCUGGAAGAUGUUUUAAAUGAAGUUCGCUCAAGGAUGUUACAAAACAUGACUGCCACAAAAACAACCAAAGAGAUCCAAGAUCCUGUGGAGACAGCAGAGAAGGUUGGCCUUGCAGCACUCAUAGUUCAGGACUUCCGGGGCCUUCUGGCAUCUGAUUACCAGUUUAGCUGGGAUCGAGCUCUCCAAAGUCGAGGGGAUACAGGUGUGUUCUUGCAGUACACCCAUGCCAGACUCCAUAGUUUAGAACAGAUGCAUGGGAAUGCAGAGCUAGCUGAUGUGAAUGUGGCAUGCUUGCAAGAGCCAGAUGCCAUCUCUGUUCUUCAGCAUCUUCUCAGGUAUGACGAGGUCCUGUACAGAUCUUCUCAGGAUCUGCAACCCAAGCACAUUGUCAGCUACCUCCUCACACUGAGCCACCUGGCAGCCGUGGCACACAAAACCCUCCCCGUGAAAGGCAGCGCCCCCGACGUGGCACAGGCACGGCUCUGUCUCUUCCACGCAGCACGCUCAGUUCUAGCCAACGGAAUGAAACUCCUUGGCAUUACGCCUGUAACUCAAAUGUAACGAGGCCAUAUCCAAUGUCAAGUCAUAUCUUGUAAUAAAAUUAUUUUUUUCCA